AUGGCUGCUCCCAAGAUCACCCUUUACUUCGACAUAGUUAGCCCGUUCGGCUAUAUCGCCUUCCACGUUCUCAGAAACUCUGCGGCGUUUUCCCUGUGCAAUAUCAACUAUGUCCCCAUCUUUCUGGGUGGACUGAUGAAGGCUUGUGAUAAUACUCCACCAAUCAGCAUCAAAAACAAGGCUCAAUGGAUCAACCGGGAGCGACGCCGUUGGGCCCACUAUUUCUCCGUUCCUAUUGUCGAACGUACCCCAGAAGGCUUUCCACCUCUGACGCUAACUGUGCAGCGUGCUUUGUGUGCGGUCUCUCAGCAGACGCCCAAUAAGCUCAUUCCCACCAUUGAAGCUCUGUACCAUUCCUUCUGGGUCAACGGAAAUGCCAAGAUCGGACAGCCUGAAGGUUUCGGUCCGGUCCUGGAGAAAGUCCUUGGCAGAGAGGGUGCGGAGGAAGUACUCCAGGCUGUGAACGAUCAGAAGGUGAAGGCGCUGUUGACAGCCAAUACCGAACAGGCAUUUGAAGGCGGCGCCUUUGGCCUUCCCUGGUUCGAGUGCACCAACGGCAAGGGGGAAACAGAGAGUUUCUUUGGCGUGGAUCAUAUUGGUCAGGUGGUUGACUUCUUGGGCUUGAAUCGACGUCUGGAGAAAGGGCCUCGGGCGCAACUGUAG